GGCGCGGGCCCAGCAGAGUUGGGCCGCUAGCCUGGGGCACGCGUCUCUGCUCUGCAGCGCGAACGGCGGGAGGACAUGGCCGGCCAGGUUAUAAAGUGCAAGGCUGCUGUGGCCUGGGAGGCUGGCAAACCUCUCUCUAUAGAGGAAAUUGAAGUCGCACCACCAAAAGCUCAUGAAGUUCGAAUUAAGAUUCUUGCCACAGCCGUUUGCCACACUGAUGCCUAUACUCUGAGUGGGGCAGAUCCGGAAGGGUGUUUUCCGGUGAUUCUGGGACACGAAGGAGCCGGCAUUGUGGAGAGCGUUGGGGAAGGAGUUACCAAGUUUCAAGCAGGUGACACCGUCAUCCCGCUUUACGUCCCACAGUGUGGAGAAUGCAAAUUUUGCAGGAAUCCUAAAACAAACCUUUGCCAGAAAAUCAGAGUUACCCAAGGGAGAGGAGUGAUGCCUGAUAAUACAAGCCGGUUUACCUGCAAAGGGAAGCAAAUUUUUCAUUUCAUGGGGACCAGCACAUUUUCUGAAUACACAGUUGUGGCUGAUAUUUCUUUGGCUAAAAUUGAUCCUCUAGCACCCCUAGAUAAAGUCUGCCUUCUGGGUUGUGGCAUUUCAACUGGUUAUGGUGCCGCUAUCAAUACUGCCAAGGUGGAGCCUGGCUCUACCUGUGCCGUCUUUGGCCUGGGCGGUGUUGGCUUGGCUGUGAUCAUGGGCUGCAGGGUGGCGGGGGCGUCCCGCAUCAUUGGGGUGGACAUCAACAAAGACAAAUUUGCAAAAGCCAAGGAGUUUGGAGCGAGCGAAUGCAUUAACCCUCAAGAUUUCAAGAAGCCAAUCCAGGAAGUGCUAGUGGAAAUGACCGACGGUGGAGUGGACUUUUCUUUUGAGUGUAUUGGUAAUGUUGGCGUCAUGCGAGCAGCCCUGGAAGCCUGCCACAAAGGAUGGGGAGUCAGUGUCAUUGUUGGAGUAGCUGCUUCAGGUCAGGAAAUUUCCACUCGUCCAUUUCAGCUGGUAACUGGCCGUACGUGGAAAGGGACAGCCUUUGGAGGAUGGAAGAGUGUAGAAAGUGUCCCAAAGCUGGUGUCUGAAUACAUGGCAAAGAAGAUCAAAGUUGAUGAGUUUGUGACUCAUAACCUGCCUUUUGAUCAAAUUAACGAAGCCCUGGAGUUGAUGCACUCAGGAAAGAGCAUUCGAAGUGUGUUGAAGAUGUAAAUCCCGAGAGCUGAAUACCAUCAUCUCUCAGCUCCUUGUGCCUCUCUGUACUAAUAGACAUGAACCUAAGAUUGACCUUCUACUUCUGGCUUCCUUCUGCUGUUUAUCUUACCUCGUGAAUAAUAGUUUUAUAUAAUUCCUGA